AUGCGAGUCACUAGGAUUUUGCUGAGGAAUUUGAAUAAGAAACAUUGGGAUCGACGUGUUUGGGAGAUCGGCUAUCGUGGACCUUUAUUGCCUAUGCUUAAAGGGACUGGGAGACCUGAUUUUCGAGUGAGUGAGAAUGAUGUAGCUGUAUUACGACAAAGGCUUAAUAUGGAAUAUCAAGUCAUGAAAUAUUUGGCAACUCCUUACUUCACUAAGGAACAAGAAGCAGCAUAUAUUGCUGAAUAUGGAACGCCAGAAGAGCAGCGAGAAAAAGAAAUAUUAGAGAGCGAGCAACGUCGAAUGCCGGGAAAGCCUAAAAGAAUUUCCGAAUGGAAAAAUAAUUCUCGUGUUCAUGCAAAUAUUGGUAAUUUACUCCAUUCUCAUCGAACUGUAGAAGAUUCGAUGAAAGAGUUGAUAAAUAGGCAUCGAUGGGAUUGA